AUGGUCCGCGAUGUAUUUGAGCCCAGUAAUAUUGCCAAUUUGGUUGGCACAAUGGGCGUGGGACAUGUCCGUUAUCCAACAGCAGGUUCAUUUGCACAUGCGGAAGCCCAGCCGUUCUAUGUUAACAGUCCGUACGGUAUUGUACUUGCACACAAUGGAAAUACCGUGAAUCAAGACCAACUUCGGACCAUGCUGGAUUCUGAAGCCCAUCGUCACGUCAACACAGAUUCGGACUCGGAGUUGUUGCUCAAUUUAUUUGCGCAUCACUUGCAGCGUACUGGCAAGUUCCGCAUUAAUGAAGACGAUAUAUUUACAGCUCUGCAAGCGAUGAUGAAGGAAGCUGUGGGUGCAUAUACGUGCGUUGCAACACUAGCUGGUUUCGGUAUCAUUGCAUUCCGAGACCCGCAUGGAAUCCGUCCAUUGGGUAUGUGUAAGCGCAAAUCGCAGACGCCGCAGAGCGAAGGUCACGGCUAUGAUUAUUGCUUUGCUAGCGAAAGCGUUGUGGCUGAUUCGCUUGGGUACGAGGACUUUGAAGAUAUAAACCCGGGAGAGGCUGUCAUUGUGACCCCUAAGAAUGUGACUCGUCGCAAGCUUGUAACGAUGCCCGCCCCUAAUACAUUUACGCCAGACAUUUUCGAAUAUGUAUACUUUGCACGCCCGGACAGUGUUAUUGAUGGCGUAAGCGUGUACCGUAGUCGCAUGGCGAUGGGUGACAGUCUUGCUAAACAGGUCGAAGCAGAGCUUCUCGCUAAAGGUGAGCGUAUCGAUGUGGUCAUCCCCGUGCCGGACACAUCUCGUGUCGCCGCUCUGCAACUGGCUCAGACACUGCAAAUCCCAUACCGCGAAGGAUUUGUCAAGAAUCGUUACAUUGGACGGACCUUCAUAAUGCCAGGUCAAAGCUCGCGCCGUAAAAAUGUGCGUCGCAAGCUGAAUGCCAUGGCGCUUGAGUUCUCUGGGAAGAGCGUCUUGCUUGUCGAUGACAGUAUUGUUCGAGGCACAACAUCGCGGGAGAUCAUUCAAAUGGCUCGUGAUGUCGGAGCGAAAAAAGUAUUUAUGGCUAGUUGUGCGCCUCCAAUCCGCCAUUCAAAUGUGUAUGGCAUUGACAUGCCCAGUCGCAGUGAGUUAGUUGCACAUGACCGAUCCGUCGAGGAAAUUGCCAAGACGAUUCAAGCUGAUGCUGUGAUUUACCAGUCUUUGGAGCAACUGGUUGAGGCUGUGCGAUCAUUGAACCCUGCGAUUACCAAGUUUGAUUGUUCUAUUUUCAAUGGCGAGUAUGUAACGGGGGGUGUCGACGAAGCCUAUCUUAGCACGCUCGAAAAGGCGCGAGCCGACCACGAGCAGGCAAAGAAGGCAGCGCAACAGCUGAUGACAACGAGCCAGUCCACAUCGGAAAGUGUCCUAAGUUGUAGUGGACCCAUGAAUGGUGCUGGGGACAUUGCUCUUCACAAUGGACGCACGCGUUAA